AUAUCUUGCAGUCCUCAUCUUCGAUACAGUUGUAAGGAAAACCCAGUGGUAGACCCUGGCAUGCCUGGAGGUCUGAUUAUCAUGAAGACUGUAUCAACCCAGUUGUUUCCAAGUAGCACUGGAACGAUUAUCAAUCCAAACACGAUUAAGUAUCAAGCCCCAGGAAAAAUCUCUCUCUUCCAUUCUUACCUUAGAUUCUCGCGUGGGUAUUUUUGCUCGCCCUAGCGGGGUAAAAUCACAAGAAUAAUGCAGUUGCAAGCAACUGGCCAUGGUUGCCUAGCGUUGUGAGAUGGAUGUCGUGUCUGGAAAGGUAUUUAGCCACGAAUACCAGAUUGCCAUUAUAGCAGACGACGGCGUGAUCUACAUAUGAACGACAUCAAUCAAACGAUAGUGGCGGUGCGCAUGCGCCUCAAUGGAUAUUAGAGUGUGAGUUCAAGUCGUGUGGCGGUAGUGCAUUCACACUGGAAUACUGAGCAGAUCGUUAGUGUUUGGCUCUCGUUUAGAUGGACCGAUCUCGUUAAUGCGAACUUUCGUUUUUCGUAUGUCAAUGUUUUAAUUCGAUGGACAGUAAAAGCAGUAAACUCGUUAGGAUGUCUGUGCCGGGGAGACGCCAGCAUUGCUAUUUGUGUGACCUUCCUCGCAUGCCAUGGGCGAUGCUGCACGAUUUCACUGAAUCCGUUUGUCGGGGAUGUGUCAAUUAUGAAGGACCCGAUAGGAUUGAGUUGGUGAUUGAGGCGGCGCGGCAGAUGAAACGGGCACAUGGAUUUCAGGACUCUCGCCCUCCUUUGAAAUUACACCAGGGGCCGCCUCAGCUGUCACAAGGUAGAAACUCUCAUGACAUUCACGACCCCCGUGGUCCCCCUCACAUUGAUAGGUACCCCCCUAUCUCUGACAAACCUCGUGAACUUGUUGACUAUCGCCGUAUCCCGACGUCAAAUGGACCCAGUGGCCCUAUCAGGCCCGAGGAGUUGGACUUGAGUCGGAGGAGUCCAAAGCAACAUUCUCGUCACGGUAUACCGACCAUGGUUGGCAUUGGUAUAAUGAACUCUCUUACUCAUGGUCCUCCCCGUCCAAGUCACAUUACAGGUGCGCCACUUCCUUUAGUAAACGGUAAACGCUCUGAAAGGGAUGAGGAUGACCCUUCAAAUCCGACAGGUGACGAUGGUAAACGGCACGAUAGGGGCUCGCAUCCUGACGAACCCACCAAUAGACCUUUGGUAGUGCGUGACAAUUUAGCUAUCUUGGGAACGUGCUGUCCGUUUGACGUGAGAUUCAAGAAGGAUCAUUCUCUAGUGGGGCGUGUGUUUGCCUUUGAUGCGGUGCCGAAAUCUGGGCCGGAAUUUGAGAUGAAAAUAUUCAUAGAAUACCCUACGGGAUCCGGGACAAUAUUCAGCAGUGCUUCAGGCGUUGCUAAACAAAUGUAUCAAGACUCUAUGAAGGACUUGGGUAAAGGAUUAUCAUCCGGCUUCAAGUACCUUGAGUACGAGAUGAAACACGGAUCAGGUGACUGGAGGCUUUUAGGUGAGCUACUGGUCGAGUCUGUUCGAUUUUUUAAAGAACUUGUCAAACGUGAGAUGUUGCCAGUGCCGCAUGUUGACGCCAAAUGCCCCUCGAUUCCAUGUUUGAAUGGUGUCCUUGGUCGAGGGAUCCUGGCUCCAAGACAUCAGCAGAUGUCUCCUUUUGACAUGGCAGUCCGUAAGCGUAAACUGUCUCCAGGUCUCGACCCAGAGGAUGGGUCUAGAGACCCCAAACUUACGGCCGAGGAGCAUGCCAAAAGACAAUGGAUGCAGUCGCAAACAGAGGCUCUCAAAUUAACAAUUUCUUCUUCUGGAUAUAACGGUACUGGCUCUGGCCCUCCCAGCUCGUCAUCCAUGUCACCAGUAAGUAACCAUGCUUCUUCACCGAAUGAGGCUGGCAGUCACCCUGCUGCGCCCUCGGCCUCCUCUCCCAUGGCAGCGCUUAUGUCAGUGACAGAUACUUUGCCGCCAAACUCUCAGUCUCCUAGUAGAAACUCUGGACACAGUCCCCAUUCGCCACCUCAGCAACGACUAGCCUUGGCGGAGAGCUGCAUGGCAAAUGUGCCGGACUCUAACGGACCCGCUGAGGCACUGAAGUGUACGCUGUGCCAUGAACGUUUAGAGGAUACUCAUUUUGUGCAGUGCCCCUCUGUGUCGGAGCACAAGUUCUGUUUCCCUUGUUCCAGAGACAGUAUCAAAUGCCAGGGGGCCGGUGGCGAAGUUUAUUGCCCCAGUGGUAAAAAGUGUCCCCUGGUGGGCUCCAAUGUUCCCUGGGCUUUUAUGCAAGGGGAGAUUGCCACCAUUCUUGGAGAGGAAUACAAGGACAUGAAAAUAAAGAAGGAGAGAGACACGUGAUGGUUUAUCUAUGGUGACAUUUCUGUUAACCGUGUGUAUUCAGUAUUUGUUCAACAAGAUGGUGUCUGAUAGGACAGCAUUUAUGGAUUGAAAGAGAAUCUAUCACUGCUGCAUGUAUGGAAUUACAGGUUUAAUGUUAUUGUGACUUCAUUCUGAUGAAUACUAUUGACAUUUGGAUCGAUUUGGUAUCAUAGAUUGACCACAAUGUCAAAAUUGUCUGGAAUGUUUUAAGACACAGUUCAAUAUGUACAUGUGCAAUCAUAGAACAUACUCCACGAUAUUGAACGGUGACAUCUUCAUGAUUUGUUUUAAACUGUUGACCAAUUUUGGCAUACCUGGUUCAAUUUGGUGUGUAAUAACCUGGUUUUAUAUUUACAACGCCAAAAUAAACAACAAAAAAGGACCCAUUAAGUGGCCAAACAACGACAAGGCGUACUGAAGUUUCCCUGCAGUCCUGAAAUAAGUGCGUCGGCUCAUUUGAGUGAGCAGAAGAUCCUGUACCUUUAAUAUUGACAUAACAUUACACCUCUAGGGCAUGCAGGGAUGCUAACUUGUAAGUUUUGUGGGUAUUUUAGGAGUCCGAUUGCGACGCCAACUAUGCUUGUCUUGCUCGAAGUCGCUGCAAGAUGCUCACAUCACCAAACUCGUACAUAAACGAGUCCGGUCCACUGCGUCCGGAGUGUAGUACUCCUAAGAAAUAGGUAAACGAUUACUCUAUGAUUAUUGUUUUCCUAACAGAACAUCUUGACAUCUGAUGGGACAAAUUAUGGUGAAUAAAACAUUACAUUAGGUGCAUUAUUCAAUGAAAUCACGAAAUGGCACAAGUUCAUGACUAAUUUAUAUUAUUCUUAUCGUGUUCUGAUUCCUGUGUUUCGAACAACGCUGAAUAAUUGUCCAAAAAGGAAUUAUAAACGUCAAUGAGAUAUGCAGGGGUAUGCAGAUCUGACCGACUAACGUUUGGAAUAGGGUGUUUAGAUUGCUAAUUACAGAUGCACCGCAAUUCCAUCCACUGAUGUAAACUGAAGCUUAAUUCGUGGUCGCUUUAACGAAAUGGCCACUCAGGCUCCCUGUGAACUCUUGCGAUGUCAUGCAUUUGCUGGGUCAAGAUGCGAAUCGGCAUGCCGAUUUAUCGGCGUUGUGCGUCGGUAUGAUUUCAAAUUUACUGAGAACGUUCUGUCAUAAUGCUGUAACCUAUGAAAUGUUGUCACGAUAUUAAAG